AUGAUAUAUGACAUUAUAGGAUUUCAGAACAAAAACAGGGUUGCUAUUCUAGCUGAGUUGGAUAAGGAAAAGAGACACCUCAUUCAGAGACAGUCUAUGAAUAACCCAGGACAUGCACAUGCACACUAAUCGGGCUUCUUCAUCACUUAGGAUUCCUCCUUUGGUAACCUUAUACUGCCUGUGUUACCAAGACUUGACCUGGAGUAAAUGAACACAGAUUUAAAGGACUGUAUCACUGUGUUGCACAAACAUGCUGUUUGCAUUUACUGGAGUCUUUGUGUGUUAGACUACAUUUUUAAUGUAUUUUUUUGCAUUUUUAGAUUGUUGCCAGUCAAUAUUUUUUCAUGAUUGUUCAUAAAAUGGAUAAAAGUUAACCAUUAUUGUGUUGUGCUUUACUUCAUACAUUUGUUAUUAAAGGAAUAGUUCACCCAAAUAAAAAAAAUAAAAAGCUGAUUCCAAUCUCAUAUUAAGUGUUUCAUCCAUAGAGGAUGCACUGUAUGAGACAUGCUGUGUAUUGUGGCUUCCUGUGGUUAGAUAUGAUUAUUGCACUGCUAGAUCAUGAUUGACAGAGUUGGGGAGUAGCUAAAAGUAGCCACUUUCAUACCCACUUUAUACUAGGUGUCUUUAAAGAGAUAGUUCACCCAAAAAUGAAAAUUCUCCUAACAUUU